GAUUGUUUUUUUUACUCUUUCUUUUCGAUAGUGUUUGAACGCAUUACCAACAUGUAUUGACGUUACAUGCAUAAAUACGGACGGGAUGGGAUGUAUUGCCAACCCUUGUUAUAGAACAAAGGUUUAUUUUGUCGGCUCAAAAGACCAAAUUUAUUAUUCACAUCAGCACAGUUAAAUAUUUAAAUCUACUAGUGGUCAUCUUUCCCAUGUGAUUGGGGAUAGGAAGGUCUACUUAAGGACUGUGUACGGUCAAAUGCCAUACCAAGAAAGAGGACAUGGUCGAAGGGGUCGAUCAGAUAGAAAACAUAAUGGGUAUCAUGGAGGAAGAAACAAACAUGGUGUUGGAGACAAAGCACAAGAGUUUCUUGAGACAACUGAUACCUCUUCACCAGUAAUAAAGAGUUUCCAACAGUAUGCUUCUGAACUGGACUUUAAGCACGAUAAAUUUGAAAGAAUCGUCAAGCUGAGUCGAGACGUCACUAUUGAGAGCAAGAGAAUCAUCUUUCUGCUCCACACGCUGGAUCGGGAAAGCAAAAGAGAUGCUAUCCUGGCAGAAGCAUCAUCGCGCCUGACGCAGCUUGUGAACACGCAUUUCAAGGCUAUAGCCAAAGAACUAAAGGGAGAAGAUCCUUAUCAGUAUAUAAAAGCAUAUACAGCUGGUUUGCAGGAAUACGUCGAAGCAGUUACAUUCCGCGAUUAUCUUAUGAACAACAGCCUUCAGAGCUGGACUAUGAUUCAACAAGACCUUAACUAUAGAAACAGUGACGUACCUAGUGAAGAUGAGAGUGUAGCUACAACUGAAGAGAAGGCCAUAGCCACUUGCUCUGCCAGCAGUAAUGAUGAAGAUGGCUCAUUUAAAACUUACGUAUCACCAGUGGAUUACAUCUUGGGAGUAGCAGAUUUAACAGGAGAGCUGAUGCGGAAAUGUAUCAACAACCUGGGAUCAGGAAACAUAGAAGGUUGCUAUCAGACCUGCACAUUUGUGAGGGAGAUUUAUAGUGGAUUCUUGGGUGUCAACUGUACAGGACUGAAGGAGAUGUCUCGGAAACUUGCGACACUGCGCCAGAGUCUAAGCAAGAUGGAGGUAGCCUGUUACACAAUUCAUGUUCGAGGCUCCGAGAUUCCAAAACACAUGUUAGCAGACGUUAUCAGCGGAACACAGGGCAACUUCCUCGAGGAAGACGAAGGAUUCUAUUAGCAAAAUCAGGAAGUUAUGUUUGCAUUAUCCUUACUGAAAUAUUGUUUGAAAGUACAAAGAACAAUUUUCAUUGUUACUAACUUCUUUAAGAAUUUUUUUACUUUUUCUUCCCAGUGUACUGAAUGGAAAUUGAUUUAUGGUUAGGAGGAGGAUGCUGAAACCUUCCAUACACAUUGAACAAGGUGAUUUAAAUUUAUUCCUAAGAUUAAAUUAUGUGUGUAGAAACAAUAAAAGAAUGUUUAUUAAAGUGGUUGGUAUAUAAAUGUAA